ACACAUGUAUACCAUUUUAGAGCGAUUUCAUGAGAUCCGUACUGAAUAAAAGACUGCACCCCGGCACCACAACAAGCGAGGGAAGGACGCCGCGCCGGGUUGAAGUUCAGCUUCUCCAUCUCUCUAUUUCAGGCAUGAGUGGCGGAGUUUACGGUGGAGAUGAAGUGGGAGCGCUGGUGUUUGACCCUGGCCACUCCUCCCUGAGGGUGGGCUAUGCUGGGGAAGACUCACCCAAGUUUGACAUCCCAUCAUGGGUGGGUGUCCUGGAGGAUCAAGAGACUAACGAGAAGAAAUAUUACAUUGAUACUGUUGCUCUUCAUGUUCCACGUAAAGGUUGUGAGGUGGUGAACUACAUGAAGGAAGGGAUGAUAGAGGACUGGGACACCUUUGAGAAAGUCCUGGACUACUCCUAUGAGAAAUGUAUCAAGAGUGAGGCCCAGUAUCAUCCAGUCCUCUUCUCAGAAGCCACUUGGAACGUUCGUGGUAAAAGAGAGCGGCUUUGUGAGCUGGUUUUUGAAAAGUAUCAGGUACCAGCCUUCUUCCUGGUCAAGUCUGCUGUUCUUGCUGCAUUCGCCAAUGGCCGAUCAACAGGUCUGGUGCUGGACUCAGGCGCCACACACACCUCGGCCAUCCCAGUCCAUGACGGCUACGUUCUCCAGCAUGCCAUUGUUAAGUCUCCACUUGGAGGAGACUUUCUUCUAAACCAGGCCAAUAAUUUCCUGAAGGAGUCAGGUGUGGACAUCGUUCCUUCAUACAUGGUGGCAGACAAGCAGUCAGUCAAGGAGGGAGACCGACCCAAAUGGACCAAAAAGAACAAUCUUGUAGAGGUGACACCUUCCUGGCACAACUACAUGAAGCGUGAGGUGGUGCGGGACUUCCAGCAGACCUUAUUGCACUGCUCUGAGGCGCCGUACGAUGAGGAUGCUGUCAUGGGCAUCCCCACAGAGCCUUAUGAAUUCCCCUCAGGCUACAAUAAUGAGUACGGGCUGGAACGCUAUAGGAUCACUGAGAGCCUCUUUGACCCCAGCUACAUCAAGGGUGUGGGCUCCACCAUGCUGGGAAUGUCUCACGUUGUCUCCACUAGCAUUGGCCUGUGUGACAUUGACCUGCGGCCAAGUCUGUACUCCAGCGUGAUAGUGACUGGCGGCAACUCACUCCUCAACGGUUAUGUGGAGCGCCUCAACCGUGACCUGUCCAGCCGUACUCCACCCAACAUGAGGUUCAAAUUGAUCUCCUCCACUGGUACCACAGAGAGAAGGUUUGGCUCAUGGAUUGGAGGCUCCAUUCUGGCCUCCCUGGGAUCCUUCCAACAAAUGUGGAUAAGUAAGCAGGAAUAUGAUGAGUCUGGUAAAUCACAGGUGGAAAGGAAGUGUCCAUAGAAUUGCUUCUUUUAUGUACAGUGUGGCAGGAUAGAGUAGCUAGUAAGUGUGUCCAGUUGUCUGUGUUUGUAAGUAAAUGCUGUUUGACAAGCACAUGCAAGAUAAGCUUGAAUGACUGAAACUGUGAGAGCUGAAGAAUGUGGAAAAUGGUUUCUGGUAUAAUCAGAGCAGUCUUGUAUGUACUUAGGUAUCAUUUAAGAGUUUGGGGUUAAGAUUGACAUUUAAAGGUUUUAAGCAGCAAUAUCUUGCAUUUAUGAAUUAAAAAUCACUUGUAAGACUUACAAUCAGUAGCUUAUUUUAGUUUUUCAUAAAUUCUCAUUGAUUGUGUUGUUAUAUAGGAAUCAUUGUUCAUUUUUCAAAAUGGGCAUUCAUUCACUACCAUUUUAUCAUGAUCAGGAGUUUAGACACUAAAAUUCACAAUUACCCAAACAUGUUUCAUUUUGUGUGCGAGGUGCAGAGGUAGGGAAACAUGUAUAUGGUGGGAUGAUGUGUGUGUGUGUGUGUGUGUGUGUGUGUGUGUGUGUGUGUGUGUGUGUGUGUGUGUGUGUGUGUGUGCAGGCAUCAGGCAUUUUGUCACUUGAUCAGAUAUUAAUGUGUAUUUUAUAUUUAAAGCUAAUAUUAGCUG